ACUGCCGUCAAGAUUUCUCAAUUUUUCCUUCUCUCUUUGCAUCUGCUCCUCCCUCUCCGGCUUGCUUUUGGAUGCUUUCCAGAUGCAAAAUAAAAGCAGAAAGUGGGAAGGGCGUUGCUUUGCUGGCAGGAAGUUGCAAAGAAGCUGUCAGAGGAUUGACACUCAGAAGCAAAACCGCCCUGAAAGAGAGACACCGGACACGAGAAACAGGCCAAGCAGAGGCUGAGAAAUAUUGCAAAAUAUAUAUAUAUUUAUAGGCAUGCUAUGAACAAGAGUCAAUACCAAAUAGAAGAAAAGAUGUUGACGCCUGGGAAGAAGCUUCAUUACAGCUGAAAAGCCACGUCCACCUGCCAUGGGAUUCACGAGACGGCUGCCCCAAGCGGGGACCAGUUGGACCAGAUUGAGGCAAACAAAUGCUGGGGAUCCGAGUCGAACAUCUAUGAUGCAUCCAAACAUCAUGCACGGCAUCAAAUGCAACUUCGCCUUCAAGAGGAUCCUGCAAGUGGACCGGACUUUGUCUUCUUCAUUGCAUCUGCUCAGGAGCUUUGUCUGCCAGCCAAGAUUAUCUCCGUCUCCAUCACCCCGAACGAGCCAGAUAGCACUGAAGAAUGUGGCCACUUCUGAAGCCAUACAGAAACAUCGGAACAGCCUGGCCAAUUGGUUCCUCCAGCAGCCCAACGAGGAGAGGCAGUUUGGCCCUUCCUUUGCCCUGGACUCAAUCCACGUUGAUCCGGUCAUCCGGGAGACCUCUCUGGAGGAGAUCCUGAAGCCCUCUCCAGACCUGACCAUCCAGAACCAGCUCAAGGCCUCCUGCAACCAGACCAUCAGUCUCCAGAACCUCUUUGACCUCAACGCCUGUGGGCAGCCGGUGAGGAACGUGGUCCUGUACGGGACGGUGGGCACCGGGAAGAGCACCCUCAUCAAGAAGAUGGUGAUGGACUGGUGCCAUGAACGUCUGCCAAGCUUUGAGCUGCUCAUCCCCUUCUCUUGUGAAGACCUCUCCCAAAGCAAUGCGCCCAUCUCUUUGCGGCGCUUGAUCACCAAGAAGUACCUCCACCUCCGGGAGCUGGUGCCCACCUUGGGCACCACUAACUUCAGGGUGCUUUUCAUUCUCAAUGGCUUGGACCGCCUCAACCUGGACUUCCAUCUGGCUCGCACAGAGCUCUGCUGCGACCCCAAUGAGCCGAUCCCUCCGUCCGCCAUCGUGGUCAACCUGCUCCGCAAGUACAUGAUGCCAGAGGCGAGCAUCAUCGUCACCACACGGCCGUCCGCAGUGCGCCGCAUCCCCAGCAAGUUUGUCGGCCGCUACGUCGAGGUCUGUGGCUUCUCCGACACCAACCUCCAGAAGCUCUACUUCCAGAUGCGCCUCUGCCAGCCUGGCUGCGUCGGCGUCUCCGGUCCUCCCACGGCCGAGGAGGCGAGCAAGCAAGACAACCUGGUGGAGAUGCUUUCCAGGAACCUGGAGAGGCACAACCAGAUCGCGGCCGCCUGCUUCUUGCCUUCCUAUUGCUGGCUGGUCUGCACUACUUUGCACUUCUUGUAUUUCACCAACUCGGUGCCUCCGCCGCAGACGCUGACCGGCAUCUACACCAGCUUCCUGCGGCUCAACUUUAGCGGGGAGGUGCUGGACAGCACGGACCCCUCCAACAUCUCCAUGAUGAAGUACGUGGCCAAAACGGUGGGGAAGCUGGCCCACGACGGGGUGAUUUCCCGGAAGACCUCCUUCUCGGAGGAGGACAUGCGCCGCUGCUUCGAAGCGGAGAUGAAGAAGGAGAGUGAGCUCAACCUCCUGGACGUCUUCCGCAGUGACGUUUUCCGCUUCUUCCUGACCCCCAGCGUGCAGUCCGGGAAGGAGCACACCUUCGUCUUCACCAUCCCCAUCAUGCAGGAAUACUUGGCAGCCCUCUAUGUGGUCCUGGGUGAGAAGAAGACCUUGAUGGAUCGAGUGGGCAAGGACGUUUCUGAGAUCAUCAGCAAGGUGAGCGAAGACGUAGCCGUGGUCCUCAGCAUCGUCUCCAAGGUGCUGCCUUUGCGCAUCCUCCCGCUGCUCUUCAACCUCAUCAAGAUCUUCCCCCGCUAUUUCACCAAAUUUGGCAGCAAGGACCACGACACCAUCGCCAGCACCAUGGCGGCGGAGAUGUUCAAGGAGGAGGACUACUUCAACGAUGACGUUUUGGAGCAGACCAACUGCACCAUCCUUGGGGUGGAAGGCCCCAUGCGCCACCCGGACGACGCGCCCGACGAUGAGGCCUUUGAGCUCUUCCCCAUCUUCACGGUCGGGCUGCUCUCCCGGCGCAACCGCUCCAUCUUGGACCAGCUGGGCUGCCCCAUCACGAACCUGGCGGUCCUCGAGACUGCGAAAGCCAUGAAGAAGAAGUUUAUCCAAAAGAUCCGCAAGGGCCUGCCACAACCGGAGGUCAUGGACCUCCUCAUCUUCCUUCAUGAGUUCCAGAAUGAGCGCUUCACCGCCGAGGCCGUCCAGUCCUUGAGGACCAUCAACCUCUCCACGGUCAAGAUGACCCCUCUCAAGUGCUCCAUCCUGGCUUCGGUGGUGGGCGCCACGAGCCACGAGGUGGAGGAGCUGAACCUGGGCCUUUGCCACCUGGAUGUCAACUCCCUGCGGAUUCUCUUUCCAGUCUUGCUACGGUGCAAAAAGCUCCAUUUGCCGCAAAACGGUUUGGGGCCCGAAGCCUGCAAGGUGAUCAGAGACUUGCUGCUGCAUGAGAAGUGUGCGGUGAGCACUUUAAGAUUGGCAGACAACCCACUGACGGAGCAAGGCGCCCGCUACUUGGCGGAAGGCAUUGCUGGCAACCGUUCUUUGAGGCAGCUGUCGCUGCUCCAUACUUCGUUGGGUAACCGGGGCGUGGAGGUGAUCACCCAACACCUGGCUCAGAACAAGCACCUGAAGGAACUGGACGUGGCCUACAAUUCAGUGACAGAUGAGACCGCACUGGCCCUGGUCGAGGAAGUCAAGAGGCACCCCACGCUGAAUAUGGUGCAUUUGUACUUCAACGAGAUCAGUGAGGAAGGGAAGCAGGCCUUGCACCAGAUGCGGAAGGACCAGGACGGCAUCCGGGUGCUCAUCUUCCUGACGAUAGGGACCGACGUCUCGGAUCAUUGGGACACCAUCCUGAACGUGGUCCAGAAGAACCUGGCCGUCUGGGACCGCGACCGGGUCCGGCAGCAUUUGGGGAUGUUGCUGGAGGACUUGCAGUGCAGCCGGCGGCAGACGGCCAACCCGUUGAAGAAGUUCAAGUUCAUGAGCGUGGAGAACAAAGUCAAGAGGAUGCUGGGAGAGCUUCAGUAGUGAGAUGCUCCAUGGAAACGUCUAAAAACGGUGCUAAUGUAGUCAUCACAGCAAGGAAUUGAGAUAUAGUGGAUUCAUACACACAUGACAUUAAAACUGGAAUAGCUCAUGAGUCCUCUCCAAAGACAUCUUGGCCCACUCCCUAGAAAGGACUCUCCUUAUCUCCUUAUGAACUUGGUUUCCUCCUACCUUCACUAUGCAAACUAGAUUUUCAACAUCUAGUUACAUUGACAGCCAUGCUUCGUCUUCCAGCAACAUAAAGUUGCCUCCUUUGCUACUUUAAAUAUAUUUAUAUUAAGCUUCUGCAAGAAAGUGACCUCCAGAUGUGUUCGAAUGCAGUGUCUCAGUCAUGUUGGAUAUUAUAUUUCAAUACAUAUGGAGAGCAUCAACUCAAGGAAACUCAGUUUAUAUGUCUUGACUUUCACCAUGUUGGAAAAUUAUGUUGUUACAAAUGCUGGACAAUUAGUGCCAUGCUGGAUUGGCUGGAUUUUUGGGUGCUACUUGAUACUAUAAGAGCAAUUGUUUACAUGUGAUGGAUGCCAUUUCUUGAUUAUGGUUUGAUUUGUAUGCACCCCGAAACAAUAUAGCUUGAUACAGGGAGGAGUCUCGAUCAAAAAUGUACCACUGUGUGCAAAUCCGUGUCACAUGCAUGUCACUGUUCUCAGCAUCCCUACUUGCCACUAAUGGAAGGUACAAAUUUUAAAAUUGGGAGAAUUUAGGAUGGGAUUGAUGAAAGGUGCUUCCGGAGACCAGUUUGACCCAAUGCAAUGGAAAUGAGAAGGACGUUUUGCAUCUUUUCUUCCUGCCUCCAAGGACACAUCUACACUGUAGAAUUAAUGUGGUUUAGCACCACUUUGUGCAACUGCAAUUCCAUCGCAUCGAGCAAUUGUGGAUUGUGGUUUGGAAGACUUUUAUAGCUGGAAUGAGUGGGUUGCUGUGAGUUUUCCAGGGAGUUUGACCAUGCUCCAGAAGCAUUCUCUCCUGACGUUUCGCCCACAUCUAUGGCAGGCAUCCUCAGAGGUUGUGAGCUCUGUUGGAAACUAGGCAAGUGGGGUUUAUCUAUCUGUGGAAUGAGAAAGAACUCUUGUCUGUUUGAUACAAGUGUGAAUGAUACAAGUGGCCAGCUUGAUUAGCAUUGAAUGGCCUUGCUGCUUCAAAAUCUGGCUGCUUCCUGCCUGAGGGAAUCCUUUGUUGGGCUGUGUUAGCUUGUCUGUUGGAGGCUAGUGUGAAUGGUGUAGGUGGCCAGCUUGAUUAGCACCGAGCAGCCUUGCAGCCAAAGCCUGGCUGCUUCCUGCCUGGGUGAGUCCUUUGUUGGGCUGUGUUAGCUCGUUUGUUGGAGGCAAGUGUGAAUGGUGUAAGUGGCCAGCUUGAUUAGCAUUGAAUAGCCUUGCUGCUUCAAAACCUGGAUGAUUCCUGCCUGGGGGAAUCCUUUGUUGGGCUGUGUUAGCUUGUCUGUUGGAGGCUAGUGUGAAAGGUGCAAGUGGCCAGCUUGAUUAGCACCGAGUAGCCUUGCAACUUCAAAGCCCGGCUGCUUCCUGCCUGGGGGAAUCCUUUGUUGGGCUGUGCUCGCUUGUCUGUUGGAGGCUAGUGUGAAAGGCACAAGUGGCCAGCUUAAUUAGCACUGAGUAGCCUUGCAGCUUCAAUGCGUGGCUGCUUCUUGCCUGGAGGAAUCCUUUGUUGGGCUGUGUUAGCUUGUCCUCACAUUCUGGCAGGUUUCCACAGAUAUGUAAACCCCACUUGCCUAGUUUCCAACAGACUUCACAACCUCUGAGGAGGCCUGCCAUAGAUGUGGGUGAAACGUCAGGAGAGAAUGCUUCUGGAACAUGGCCAUACAGCCUGGAAAAUCCAGAACAACUUACGUAAAAUGAAUUACUUCUACAGUGUGGAUACGUCCCAAUUUGCACUGUUUCUUUACCUUGCCUCGCCUUCGAUUCCAAACAAAAAUACCUCACUACCGGCACCUUAAUUCCCCAAAAUUAGAAUACCAUUGUUUUCUCCGUUUUCCAAAAUGGAUAUAAAGGAGUGUGUUUGCAUCACGUGCAACUUGUGGGAUUUGCUGCUCUCCCGUCCUGUUCACUCCAAUUCCUUACAACCUAAAUCUAUGCAACGCAAAAGCGUCCUUCUUGCCCUUUGAAUAAAAUGUUCUUAAAGAAGAAACUUUAUUGGGAUAUGGAUCAAAUUGUUCAUCUCAGGUUUUCGUUGUGGCUCGUGUCAAAAUUUGGAGACAUAAAAUAGCAUAUUAAGGGGGAAAUGUGGAUGGGUUGGGAUUUCUUUUGCCAUUGUGCCUUUUGCAAAGCUUAAAAGCACUGUGUUUUGAAUUUAUCUGAAUGCAUCUGGACCCUGUGCAUCGUCCUUUUAAAUAUCAGGGAGAGACAUGGGCAAACUUUGGCCCUCCAGGUGUUUUGGACUCCAACUCCCACAAUUCCUUACAGCCGGUAGGCUGUUAGGAAUUGUGGGAGUUGGAGUCCAAAACACCCGGAGGGCCGAAGUUUGCCCAUGCCUGCUCUAUGGCUGUGAACCUUUGGACACAUUUGUGUCAAACAAUCAUCAUUGAUAGCUCUAUGCAGCCAAAAUAGUUUCCUUAUUGGGUUUUGUGCUUAUUUGUUAUAUUUUUCUAUGGAUGGAAGAGGGAUCUGGAGUGGAGCAAUGGGCUGUAUAUUCCUUUAAUAUUUUUACAUUUUGCAGAGAACAAAGCUAGUCCCUCCGGAAGCAAUAUAUUUUCGUAUAGCGCUGUCAAGCCUCAGAAUGUAUUGCCGUGCUUCGAUAUUUUAUUCGUCACCUCGGAAAAUUGCAAUUCUAUUUUUCUUAAAAUGCACUGUUAAGUGGAUAAAAUGUCUAAUAGUAAAACCUCUGAAUUCGUGCAGA